UCAAAACCUCCCGCGGCAUUACCCGCAUCGGUCUGUGUGCGCUGAGCCGACAGGGAGGAGGUGGGACCUAGCUACUGGUGGUAGUGGGCUAGCAAACAUUUACGUGCGGACCGUGCAGGCUGCCAGCCACGAUCCUCUUUGCCAACGAAGAGAUUUUUAGGGGGAAACCACGACGAGAGAACAACCCCUUUCGGGAUUCCCACCUCUCUGCCAACGACAUCCAUCCACCUCUGUUUUUGUUGUCUCUGUGUCCCAGUCAGACCUAGCGAGGUCCACGUUAACCACAGCUGCGACCGUCGUCUACAUCACAGGCGGGGUGCUGUGUGAUGAGGUCGCCCUGCAGCAGCAGCAGCGGUUGGGUCAACUUACGUGAAGACAAAGACGAUUUUUGUUGCCAGGGCAAUCUUCGCCCCCAGUUUGGCUCCAUUUGCCGCUUCUGAAGCCCUGCAACAUCCCAGUAUACGAAGAAAUACACAGCAGAGGAACAUACUAAAAGGGGAUCGCUGUUUAAACAGAGACAAGAACUUUUUAAAACCUCUCUACUCCUCUCUGACAACUAUCCAUGAGCUCCGAUUUCCCGCACUACAGUUUCAGGAUGCCAAAUAUAGGGUUCCAGAACCUUCCCCUUAAUAUCUACAUUGUGGUGUUUGGGACAGCCAUCUUUGUUUUCAUCCUCAGUCUCCUCUUCUGCUGCUACUUAAUCAGGUUAAGGCACCAGGCGCACAAAGAAUUAUAUGCAUACAAGCAAGUCAUUCAGAAGGAAAAGGUGAAAGAGCUAAACUUGCAUGAGAUAUGUGCGGUGUGCUUGGAGGAGUUCAAACAGAAAGACGAGCUGGGGAUUUGUCCUUGCAAACAUGCCUUUCAUAGGAAGUGCCUCAUUAAAUGGUUGGAGGUGAGGAAAGUUUGCCCGCUGUGCAACAUGCCCGUCCUGCAGCUCGCCCAGCAGGCUGGCAGCCCAGAUCCCCCACCGCCAAUGCAGCAGCCUCUGCCUGGGAUCGAACACCUGGUGUAGGGGACUCACGCCCUCGUUGCACAGCUCACUACAGAAACACACGGCCACACAUCCUGUCACUCAUACUCUCAACUGUACAGGUACACUUUGGUAUGAGUCUGUGGACAGAGCAGAGAAACUGGAGUUCCUGCGCAGAUUCUCACCAAAAAGCAGUGAGUCUGCAGCCAUCCUCACCUCUUUUAUCCUGGCAUCGGUUCACGAGAGGAUCCCUGAUAUCAGCUCUGACUGAUAAUCAACUGUUUUUCUUUUUCACGGACGAUGAAGAAGAGAUAACGUAGAAGCAGUUUCCUUCAAAAACUUUUUCACAACCAAAGCACUUUCUGGGGACACCAGCUAAGACCAGGAGAAAAAACACACAAAAGCCAAGAACUACAAUACACUAAAAUACAAAUUGUUUUUUUAACAAGCACUUUAUGAGAAGUCAAACCUUAAUUGCUUGUGAUCGUAGUAGCAAGGUCAUGUUUUAUGUAUUAUCAUUUAUUUUUAUUUCUAUGUACAGUACAAAGCCACAUAGGUUUAAAAGUUUGAUUUUUAAACAGAAAAAAUAAUAUCUCAAAGGGACAACAUGUGGGUAGAUAUCAGGACACAUGGACAAUGCUUUGUGUUGUAAUUGCACAAAAAAUUCAUAAUGAAGCUCAAAGCAACCUCGAGACUUAAUGUCUGAUUAAAUGUGAAAGGUUUGAAUGUGUUGAAACCAGAACUCUGACACUACGUUCAUCGAAAGGCUCCUCCUCACCUGUUUGUCAUUCAUCACAGUGACUUUUUCUUUAAGUCUGCCAAAACAAAACAUUGAUAAAGUGAUCAAAAACCAUUCUCCUCUUACCUGGUAUGUGUACCUGGGUACCCCAGCCAUGACUUCAGAUCUUCCUUUAUCAGAAAAACAACACAGAACUUCCCCUGACAGAAACCCUGUCCUACAAAGUUUCUCUAAUGACUGUGAUAACUGAACCAGUAUUAUUGUAAUUAUCUGGUGCUUUCUCUUUAGAGCUGUUCUACAGAACAAACAAAGGAAACAAGGCAAUAUUAAACAAAGAUCUUUAAAUAUAAGAAAAAA